CAUGCAGGUCCUAUAAAGCCCUGCCCUCUCCCGUCGGAAUCCUGCCUGCUGCCCCCAUCUGCCUCUCGCCUGCAUCUUGCUGCCUCCUCCAGUCCGGAUCGUGCCCGUCGCUUCCGUUCCUCGCCAUGAUCUCCGAAACCUCUGCCGCUCCCGCCGUCCCCGUCAAGGGCACCCUCGAUUACAUCCGCGCCCAGUUCGCCUCUGAGCGCACCCGCUCCGAGACCAGCUUCCAGGAGACCACCGUCAACCAGCAGGCCAAGACCAUGAGGAUUGCUCUGGAGAAGCUCAAGGCCCAGGUUCCUGAGAGCGCCAAUUCUGAGCUCUUCUCUGCCGAGAUGGACGGUUUCUACCAUCUCUUCACUCGCUACCUGCAAGAGUCGGCUCGCCACGAGAAGCUCAACUGGAGCAAGGUCAAGUCGCCCGUUCCCGAACAGAUCGUCCCCUACGGCCAGCUCCCUGAGAUGCCCCUCGAGAGCAAGACCGAGAACCUCAGCAAGCUCGCUGUCCUCAAGCUCAACGGCGGUCUCGGCACCACCAUGGGCUGUGUUGGCCCCAAGAGCGCCAUCGAAGUUCGCGACGGCAUGACCUUCCUCGACCUCUCUGUCCGCCAGAUCCAGUACCUCAACACCAAGCACAACACCAACGUGCCUCUCAUCCUCAUGAACUCGUUCAACACCGACGACGAGACCGGUCGCAUCAUCCAAAAGUACCGCGCUCACCAGGUCGACAUCCUCACCUUCAACCAGAGCCGUUUCCCCCGUGUCAUGAAGGAGUCGCUUCUGCCCAUGCCCACCAAGCCCGACGCUCCCCUCUCGCAGUGGUACCCUCCGGGCCACGGUGAUCUCUUCGAGUCGCUGUCCAACUCGGGCCUGCUCGACAAGCUGAUCAACGAGGGCAAGGAGUACCUCUUUGUCUCCAACGUCGACAACCUUGGCGCCACCGUCGACACCACCAUCCUCGAGCACGUCAUUGCCAGCGGCGCCGAGUUUAUCAUGGAGGUCACCGACAAGACCAAGGCCGAUGUCAAGGGUGGAACCCUCAUCGACUACGAGGGCAAGAUCCGCCUGCUCGAGGUUGCCCAGGUUCCCUCGGAGCACAUUGACGACUUCAAGUCCGUCAAGAAGUUCAAGAUCUUCAACACCAACAACCUCUGGAUCUCGCUCAAGGCCAUCAAGCGCGUCAUCGAGGAGCAGUCCCUUGGCAUGGAGAUCAUCGUCAACACCAAGACCCUGGACUCUGGCGAGAAGAUCAUCCAGCUCGAGACUGCCGUUGGUGCUGCCAUCAAGCACUUCGAGGGCGCCCAUGGCAUCAACGUCCCCCGCCGCCGCUUCCUGCCCGUCAAGUCGUGCUCGGACCUGUUCCUCAUCACCUCGGAUCUGUACUCGCUCCACCACGGCGAGCUCAUCGUCAACCCCAACCGCCCCUUCCCCACCACCCCCAUCAUCAAGCUCGGCGACCACUUCAAGAAGGUCCAGCAGUUCUUCUCCCGCUUCGCUAGCCCUCCCCACAUCCUCGAGCUCGACCACCUGACCGUCACUGGCGAUGUCACCUUUGGCCACGACGUGACCCUGCGAGGCACCGUCAUCAUCGUCGCCAACUUUGGUCAGCGCAUCGAUAUCCCUUCGGGCUCGAUUCUGGACGACAAGGUUGUCUCUGGCAACCUGCGCAUCCUGGACCACUAAGCCAGAUCAGAUAGAUGCGCUGCCGGUGCCGGUGCCGCUGUCUUGGGCCUGCCUUUGGGUCCCGGCCGAUGCCCCUCUCAUCUGCAACUCCCUGCGCUCCAUUGUACUGUCUUUCCACGGCGUCCUUCGCUGCUGGACCUGCCUUUCGAAUGUUUUCGUUGUACCCCCACUAUUCCCUCACUCCCUGAUCAAGGCAGUGAUUGCUGCAGUGUUUGCUGCGGAGCCCAAAUGCCUGCUUUCCCUUCUCGCUCGCCACUGCCUUCCUCCCUGCACCCUUAUGUCCCCCCCCCUUUUUCUUUUUCUUUUUGGUAUCCACACUCUGCGCAUACUGAACGGAGGAAUGGGGAGUGAGGGUCGCCCCGAAGGCGCCGAUCUGGACUUGACCUUUGCUUCUGUUGCCUGAGAAUACACCGAACUCAUCUUGAAACGGG